UACAAGCACUGGCGUGCCGGCUUCUAUGCGGGGCUGCCGCAGAGUCUGGAGUUUGAGCGCUACGCCAAGCAGUUUGACAUGGUAGAGCUCAACGCCACGUUCUACGGCUGCCUGCAUACCUCCGGCCUGCUUUUCCGCUGCCGCAGGGCCGCGGCGGUGCGGCCCAGCUUCCAAUACGCCGUCAAGGCGCCACAGCUAUACACCCACCGCAAGCGCCUCAUCACCGACAAAGUGUUCACCGACAGCUGGGCAUGCUUCUGGCGGCUGCGCCCACACCUGGGCCCCAUCCUCUUCCAGCUGCCCGCCACCUUCAAGACCACCAGCGGCAAGGGCGACAAGGCAACCAGCAACAUCGACCGGCUGCGGCGCCUGGGCGAGUUCCGGGACGCCAGCUGGUACUGCGAGGAGGUGUACGAGCUGGGCAAGGGCGGCUGGAUCGGCAGCCUGGAGGCGGGGCCCAACCCACCUCCUGAGCGUUACCCGCUGCACUGCUGCACCUGGGGCAUGUAUGUGCGCUUCCAUGGGUCGCAGGGGCAGUACGCCGGCUGCCACGGCGCCCGGGAGAUGGAGCGCUGGGCCGGCUGGGCCAAGCGCUGGGCGGCGCAGGGGCGCAGCACGUGGCUGGCCUUCAACAACGACAGCCGGGGCCAGGCCGGUCGCCAGGCGCUGUUUCAGCGGCCGGUGCUGGGCGGCGGG